AGCCUCUAACCUGUCAGCCAGAGUAGUACAUCCCAGUAGCAUCAUGACCUGUAUUGAUGAGAGGGAGUUAUGGAGAGGAGGUGUUCUCAUCAGAGAGAAAAAGUUUGCCUCUGAGGUGAGGUUUGAAGGCUUCUCCCUCCGAGCCCAGGAUAGAGAGACAUGGUACAGCCUGCUGCCUUCUGAUCCAGGAUCCCAUAACAACUCUGACCACAAGCUACACUCAGAGACCAACUCUGACCACAAUCUACAGUCGGAGGUGUUCCAUUACUUCCGGUCUGUUCUAGACCUGGUUCAGUUGGUGACGGUGUCAGAUAUUCCCAGCUUCCUGCGCUCCAGCACAGAGUUUCACCUAGAACUAUCCUCCAAAUCACUGAGAGAUGAACGGCUCCUUGAUCAGUUCAGAUCACUGUCUGGAAAGGUAGGGGCACUGUUCUCUCUAUCCUGUACGGUCAGCUCCAUGGCUCUACCCCCUGCCUCUCAGCUCAGCUCCCAGAAGUGGAAGGACUUCAUGGCUAAGAGACCCAAGACCCUGCCUGUUCCAUAUGUGGAGGUGAAGGGUGAGAGCGGACACCACUUCCUGUUGGUCCAGGGGUCAGAGGGCGGAGGCUGCAAGGCCCGCAUGAUACACUCAGCCAAUCGGAUCAACGGAGCCGCUGCCAUGGCAACCGUCAAUGGGCUUCUGAAAGAGAAUUCAGUGUCGUCUUCAGGUAAGAAACUUAAAAAAAAAAAGAAAUGGUGAACAAACAAAGAUCUG